UUUCAAUAGUGCUUUGAGAAUUAACCGCCUCCCCUUCACAGUCUUUUUCCUAAACUUGCUUCCUCUGGCUGUGCAGAGGGGUUAUGUCCAAGGCGUGCAACCUAUCCAGGACUGGACCAUGAAUAACUGUAUCCUGCUGGAAGAACAACUGAUCAAAAAAUCCCAACAAAAGAGAAGGACUUCUCCUUCUAACUUCAAAGUGCGCUUCUUUGUUUUAACCAAAGCCAACUUAGCAUAUUUUGAAGACCGACAAGGGAAGAAACGAAUUUUGAAGGGUUCUAUUGAACUUUCCAGAAUCAAAUGUGUGGAGAUUGUGAAGAGUGAUAUCAGCAUCCCUUGCCACUAUAAAUAUCCCUUCCAAGUGGUGCAUGAUAAUUAUCUCCUAUAUGUAUUCGCUCCAGAUCGAGAAAGCCGACAGAGAUGGGUGUUGGCCCUUAAAGAAGAAACCAAAAAUAACAAUAGUUUGGUGCCAAAGUACCACCCCAACUUCUGGAUAGAUGGGAGGUGGAGAUGCUGUGCCCAGACUGAAAAGCUUGCAUCUGGCUGUGCUGAAUACGAUCCAACCAAGAAUGCUUCAAAGAAGCCUCUUCCUCCCACUCCCGAAGACAAUCGGAGGUCAUUGAGAGAGCCUGAAGAAAUCCUAGUCAUUGCCCUAUAUGACUACAACACAAAUGAUCCCCAGGAGCUCACUCUGCAAAGCAAUGAAGAAUAUUACUUGCUCAACAGUUCAGAGAUCCAUUGGUGGAGAGUCCAAGACAAGAAUGGGCACGAAGGAUAUGUUCCAAGCAGUUACCUGGUAGAGAAAUCACCAAAUAACCUGGAAACAUAUGAGUGGUACAACAAGAGCAUCAGUCGUGACAAAGCCGAAAAGCUCCUUUUAGAUGAGGGCAAAGAAGGAGCCUUCAUGGUGAGGGACUCCAGGACACCAGGAACAUACACUCUUUCUGUUUUCACCAAGGCCAUCGUAAGUGAGAACAAUCCAUGUAUCAAGCAUUAUCACAUCAAAGAGACCAAUGACCAUCCCAAACGAUACUAUGUGGCUGAAAAAUUUGUGUUUGAUUCCAUCCCCAACCUGAUUAAAUAUCACCAACACAAUGGAGGAGGUCUUGUUACACGUUUACGAUACCCUGUUUGUUCCUGGAGAAAAAAGGCCCCCAUCACAGCUGGAUUGAGAUACGGCAAAUGGGUAAUCAAACCCUCAGAACUCACUUUUGUGCAGGAGAUUGGCAGUGGGCAGUUUGGCCUGGUGCAUCUUGGCUACUGGCUGGGAAAGAACAAGGUUGCCAUCAAGACCAUUCAGGAAGGGGCCAUGUCAGAAGAGGAUUUCAUAGAGGAGGCUGAAGUCAUGAUGAAACUCUCUCACCCUAAACUGGUUCAGCUCUAUGGGGUCUGUUUGGAGCAGGCUCCUAUCUGCUUGGUGUUUGAGUUCAUGGAACAUGGCUGUCUAUCUGAUUACCUCCGGAACCAACGAGGUCUCUUUUCUGCUGACACUCUCCUGGGCAUGUGCCAGGAUGUGUGUGAGGGAAUGGCUUACUUGGAAGAGGCUUGUGUCAUUCACAGAGACCUGGCCGCACGGAACUGUUUGGUGGGAGAAAACCAAGUUAUCAAAGUGUCAGACUUUGGCAUGACAAGGUUUGUUCUUGAUGACCAGUAUACAAGCUCUACUGGCACCAAGUUCCCUGUGAAGUGGGCUUCCCCAGAGGUUUUCUCUUUCAGUCGCUAUAGUAGCAAAUCUGACGUGUGGUCAUUUGGAGUUCUAAUGUGGGAAGUCUUCAGUGAGGGCAAAAUCCCUUAUGAAAACAGUAGCAACACCAAAGUGGUGGAGGAUAUCAGCACUGGAUACCGGCUGUAUAAACCUAGGCUGUCCUCCCCUAUCAUCUACCAGGUCAUGAAUGAUUGCUGGAAAGAGAAACCAGAAGACAGACCAUCUUUCUCCAGCCUGCUGUGUCAGCUGGCUGAAAUCGCUGAAUCUGCACUUUAAGCCAGGCUCUCUGAGAAUUGCUGAAUCCGAGCUCUAACCUGGGGUCUCUGUGGCUCUUUGGACAGCGAUCGUCUAAGCAGGGACAGGAAAUUCCUGCUUCCACAAAGCAUUAAGGACAGCCUCCAUCCCAAUCCUUUCUAAAGGCCGUGACACCUGGGUGAGCCAGGCCCCAGAGCUGCCAGGGAAGCCGUGAUUUGAGAACUGCCUGGAGAAUAGAGGGAGCCAGAUUGGAAUCCAGAAAAGGUGGCAGAGGGACCACCAUCUUGAAGCCCAUUACUCACCUGACUCCAUGCACAGAGGACAAGACGCAAUCUGAAAGCUUUGAGGGGAUAUUUCUUGAGUAUCUUGGGGACAGGGUCUGAAACUUGGGGGAUGGGGUGUGUAGAGGCAAGGGGACAGUCUUCCUCUAACCCCAUAGACUGAAAGAAUCUUUCUUUGGGCUCGAUAGCUCCAUGUCCCAGAAUUUUCAAGGACUCGUAGACCCACAUGCUUUGCAGCAGGUCAAGCACACACUCCUCUCCCCACCCCCACAAAGAAAUAGGGAGCUGCAUCAGCUGUGCCAGGUACAUUGACCCAACCACUGUGAACCACAGCUUCCUGCCCACACACACAAAAGGUUGAAACAAUUCCAUGGGGCUGAUGGGCUCCGCCGCAGCUGGCUGUAGUUGUAACUAGCAACACUGGUACCCGUCUGCUCAAAGGAGAGGGUACAAGGCUGAUGCUUCUCUUACUGAGAAGGGGAAGAAACUAUACAUUUAAAAAUGGCUCGCCAUUACCUAUAAUGGAGUUCCAAGAACCACCCACCUGUCUUUCUGCCUUGUUCUAGUCUUAACACCAGGAGCCAGCCAACUCAUUGCACAAGUCUUUUCCUUCUGGGGGAUUGGGGGGGGGGGUGCAAAAGGAAAAGUUCAAAAUUAAAGCUCCAAGGAUCACAAAAGUCUCAAGAAGAAACAAGGAAUCAAUGCAUUUCCCCUUAAACACAAGUGGGUGGAAACUGUUGAAUGGGUGAGAAAUUCCUCAAUCCACUACCUCGUUCAGAGGCAAGAGUAAAAGUAAGGCUAGGAGCCAGAGAAAGGAAACCAAGUCAGUGAAAUUUUGAAAUCCUGAAAUCCCUCCUAGGUUGAUUAUCAGGGGUGAUGAACCUGUCUCCAUGAAUGAGAAUGGAAUUCCCAUUCCCCUGCUCUGUAUUCUUUACCUCUUGCAAUGGUCUUAGUUACUACCUUCAACUUAACUCAGCAUACAAAUGAAGUAAAGGAAACAACCAUUUAUUAAGCACCUACUAUGUGCUUGGCAUUAUGCUAGGUGCUUUACAAAUAUGACUUCCUUUGAUCUCCACAACAGCCUUAUGAAGUUGAUACUAUUAUCACCAUAUUACAGUUGAGGAAAUUAUAGGUAAAGAGAAGUUAGAUAACUUGUUUAGACUCUCACAGCUAGGAAAUGACUAAGGUUGUAUUUGAACCCAGUUCUUCCUGACUUGAGGCAUAACCCACCAACUGCCUAAACAUUUAUUAAGCACCAAGUGGAUACAAGUCUAUACAGGGACUAUAAGACAAUAUCUGCCAACAAUCCUUAUAUUGUUUGGCUUUUGAGAAAUGAGACUCUGUUUGGAAAAUAAUAGUUUUAUACGUUAAUGACCCGACCCCCUAAAAAUUGCAUGCCAAGAAGCAUUAUUAUAAGAAUCCAUUUACUGCAUAAGCUAUGACAUUGCUUUAAUUCUAUAGUGAAGGACAAAAAUAUAAAAUUCCACAUUUUCAUGUUAGUUUUUUAUUGGUGGCAAUUGGUUUAUUUUUAGGCAGACAUUGAAGAAAAGCCUCUGCAGUUUUUUCUGAACACCUUGUAGCCUGACAAGACAGAUUCUACUUUAUUUACUUCUACUUUAUUCAGAUACAGUUACUUGAGAAAUUAUUGGAUUAUGUCACAAUGUGCUCUUUUUAGACUUUGUAAACUAUGGAAUAAUUUGCUAACUUGAUAUUCAGAUGCCGUAAUCACUAUAAGGGGAGCAGAUGAUUUCAAUCACCCAUCCAAAAUAACUUCUAUGGAUGGUGGUUUGUUUUUUUGUUUUGUUUUGGUGGGGCUGAGAGUCCAACUCCUCUUUUGAAGUCCUUAAGACCUCUGAAACAUUCAGCGGAGAAUAGAAGCAUGUGGACUAACUGAUUCCAGGGGUCUAAUUGUUUUCUGUAAUAUCCUCUAUGUUAUAUUGUUUGCUCAUUAGCCUUUUCCAGCAGAUUUAUUGUGAGCUUGACAAGACAUUUGGAUACAUUUCAUUCUCCAUCUAUCCUACACUUCAAAUCCAUUUUUUUUUCUGGUUGGCUCUCUUCUCUAAAAAUGGUGCGGGGGGGGGGGGGGGGGAGGA